AUGGAUGCAAGAUUGAUUAACUCAUUUCACAAAAAAAUUAAUCAGCGAUAAUGGAAGAAUAAUAAGUAUAAAAAUUAGAGAAUAAUCUUGCAAAUAUCUCAUAUUGUAAUAAUUAUUUAAAAUAAGAAAUAAAUAGAUCUAUUCAAUAUAAGUGUGAAGAAAAUUAUGUAACUUGA